AUCUCAAAAUUCAAACCCUAAUCCAAUUCAUUUUCUUCUUCUUCUUCUUCUUCUUCACUGUAAUCGAUUCACUCUUUCUCUGCAACUAUGUCAAACCCUAAGGUCUACUUCGACAUGACCAUCGGUGACCGCCCCGCCGGUCGCAUCGUCAUGGAGCUUUUCGCCGACGUAACCCCGCGCACCGCCGAGAAUUUCCGCGCCCUCUGCACCGGCGAGAAGGGAACCGGCCGCAGCGGGAAGCCUCUCCACUACAAGGGAUCGAUCUUCCACCGUGUGAUCCCGGAGUUCAUGUGCCAGGGCGGUGAUUUCACCAACGGGAACGGCACCGGCGGAGAGUCGAUCUAUGGAUCCAAGUUCGCUGACGAGAAUUUCGUGAAGAAGCACACCGGAGCUGGCAUUCUGUCGAUGGCGAACUCCGGUCCCGGGACUAAUGGAUCUCAGUUCUUCAUCUGUACUGCUCAGACGUCGUGGCUGGAUGGGAAGCAUGUGGUGUUCGGGAAGGUGGUUGAGGGGCUGGAUGUGGUGAUGGAGAUCGAGAAAUUUGGAUCGCGGAGUGGGUCGACCAAGAAGGAGGUGAAGAUCGCCGACUGUGGUCAAAUCUCUUAGAUGAUUUAUUGACCUAACCAAACCGAUCGCGCUAUCUUCAAUUAUUGCUCUGAAUAUGAAUCUGAUGAUCUUGUACUUUUUUGUGUUUUCAAUUCGCUGUCGUUUUACAAUUGUGAUUUCCUCCAAGCUAGUAAAAAUGAUUACUAAUGAGUAUAAA